GCCUCUGCACUGCGGCUAUUGGGCUCAGCCGCGCGCGACUCUCUUUCUCCUGCUGCUACUGCUGUUUCCGGCCGCUAUAGUUAUACUUAUACACAGACCUGUUGCUGCACCUGAGAUACGCAUCGGCCAAAUGUGCUGCAAGCGAGCAUGAAGAGCGCGGCGGACGAGAGGCGCUGGAAGGAUGUCGCUCAUCGCCAAGCUCUGGGGCGUCAAGCGCGGCAUCAAGCAGAUCGGCGCCGAGGUCGAGGCCUUUGCCCCUACUUCUUCUCCCUCGUCUUCCUGCAACGACAGGAAUUUCUCGAAUUUCGGGACGGACCGGGUGCGGAUCCUCCUGUUUCGCGAGUGCGAGUGGCGCGGCAGGAAGCUGCUCUUCGACUCGCUCGCCGUCCACAGGAACAAUCGCCGCUGCAGCAAUGCUGACAACAACAACGCGACGCCGUCCUAUUGUCGCAGGGUCGCGACUAAGAAUCGCAGGGACAACGAUGCUCCGGACGCUACCCCGUGCGAGCACGGAAAACUACUGAGCGAGGACAUCGGCCAGCUCAGCGAAAUGAUAUACGGAACUGUGGCUAUGACCUACAAGGGUCCUUCGUUCAAGAUCCACGCGAUGAGCUCUCCCGGCUGCGUCAUGUGCACCAAAGUUUUUCCCUACUCGGAACACAGCGUUUGCAGGCAGAGUCAACGACAUUCCAAUGAAACUCUCGGCGCUUCGACAAACUUCGAUUCCAAUUCCAGCAACUCGAGCCUGCGAACUCAACAUUCACGGCCUGGUUCCGGAAAUCUCUCAGGAAGCAGCCUUAGCCCCACUCUGCGCAAAAACUCGACGUGCUCCAGCACCGGAAGCGGAUGGGACAUCGACGUACCUCGCCUCGGCAGCUCGCAGUCGUUGGAUGGUUCCACCGGCCUCGUCGGUGGUGGUAGUCUGUCGAGUUUGCGUCGGCGGUGGAUGCGCGUGGUGUCAACGUCACUCAGUCGCUCGGAAUCCGAUGAUGCGUUUGGACACAACUACGAAGGUUCAACGCUCGACGGCUCGGAGAUGCAGUCGCGCCGACACAAAACGAGACUCGGUCUCGCGAUGCUGCUGCAACUACCACCUGGCCAAGAACAAGAGAUGAGCAAGCGACUCUUGGAACACGCGGCCCUUCUCGAAGGCAUGCUUGACCGUUUGCGGCAUUCGUGUGUUGAAGCCAUAGGCAUCGAAAGGAGUCUCGUAGCUCGGCUCUACCGGGCGUCCAGUUGCUGUACGCUGCGACUGCUCAGAUUGCUCAUGACCACCGAGGCGGAGCGACUGCAAAAGCCGACCCCUCUGCUGUGGCACGAUCUACUGCUCAACUCCGUUAUGCCUGUGAAUAUGCAGCUGAGCACCGUUUAUAGAAGCCUGCAACAGAUGUGUAGCUUGCUGGAAGAACUCGACACCAAGUCCACUAAUUUCUUUCUCAGCACGAUCGUUACGGCUGUUCUUACUCACCACUUGGGCUGGGUGCACACCGCGCCUCCUCAUCGCAAUAGGCAAUUGAUCGAGGAUUUUGGUCAGCAGUAUCCUUUCAAUCCUCUCUGGGCGCAGCUUAACGAUCUGUACGGUGCUCUUGGAACACCUGCGCGAAUCGCGCACACCGUUAUAGCUGGUGAUCCCGAAAAGGUCAAUCUGAUAGAUGCGAUCUUGAACUUCUUGUCCUACUUCCUCCGAAGCGGUCUAGUCGAGAAGCGCCAGGAGACGCGCUGCACCGAGCAGGAGGACGUCGCCGAAGCUGUGGCUAUUCUCGAAAGAGCGAUGCGCAAUAAUCCAUCCCUUGGGCAGCCUAGCAUUUCGAACUACACCUCCGUUUCCGGAAAGAAGGGUGGCAAGUUCACGGCGAAGAAAACUUCCAAAAAGCUCGAGGUGACGAACAGCGAAACGGCCUAUCCUCUCGCCAAGUCAAAGUCGUACGAGGAGCCGCGCAAAGGCCCGAGCACACUGGAAGCAGGCUUGACGAACGGAGAUUCCUCAUCCGUCAAGGUUCGAAGCGACUUUGAUAUUGUAAAGAAGUCAGAGUCGUUUAAGUGCGAGGAUCAGUCCUCGACGAAGAAGCUCAAGCGUAGUAGUACUCUGCAGAAGACUCUCAACGAGUAUGCACUCAGUAUUUCGGCGACCGAGCUACAAGCGAGUACGCAAGCUGAAGAAAGACAAGCCAAGAGUAAGGUGAAAAUUAUAGUCAGUGACGAGAACGAGGGUAAGCUGCUCCAAAAAGACAACGAGUUGCUCAGAACUUUGGAAAAGACCACGGGUGACGAAGAAAUGGACCAGAAGCUCGCUCUGCUCAGGCGGCAGAAGCUCAACGGUUUGGACGUCGCGGAUUUGGACUCCAAGACUCUCGAGGAACAAGCGUUGCUCUUGACGUACGGCUUCGCCGAUGACAUAUCCCGGGAGGUAAAGUCUCAAGUAUACUUCACAUUGGGUGGUGAAGAGAAACCAAGCAACAACGUCUCAAUUCGCGAGCGACUCAAGUCUAGCUGCAAGUGCCAGUGCUCCUACACGUUUACCAGAGUACCUAGCACUUCAGCCGACUUGCCCGAAGGUGUGCUACGCAAGAUUAUCCAACGCAACUUUCCCGAGUCAUCGAAGAAUAUGCGACCGACCGAUAGUUGUGAGAGCGACUUUGGUAUAUGUUUCAACUGUCGUCGGGGCUACGCGAGCUCGUCUCAGGGAUUCGUGAACGGAAAACUGCUACUCGAGACACCUACUAACGCUACUGAGGUGCUAAGAGGUUGUGGCAGUAGCUCUAGUACGAGUAACGCAAGGGUACUUGGAACGAAUAGUAUGGAAGCGUUGAUCGAGGCCAACUGCGUAAUCGAACUGCCGAUGCCAAGGUCGAAAAAGGUGUCACCGCUGGUGAAGAGAAAACCAAACGAGCGCGUUGGUUUUGUCAAUAGUUUACUGGGCUCUAAGACUGUCGUUGUUGACGAGCGUUCCUCCAAUCCGAGUCCAGAGUCUGGUUACACGUGGGGCAUGGUCGUUCAGGGCUUUACGAAGCGAAAAAAGAAGGGUCGACGAAGAAUCACUGAAGAGACGUCAAAGGAGUCGAAAGUGACCGACUCGGACAGAAUAAAGGAGGAGGAGUGGUGGUGGCCGAUUCGAGAAGGACUCGGCGUAGAGGCCAAAUUUCCGCUGGUCGAUCAGCCCGUUUCGGAAGCUCUCUGCAUCGUGGCGGACUUGGACAACUGGCAAGUCGGACUACUCUCUAACACUUCCGCUGGAUCUACACCCGUGCCGGUGGGUAUGUCGAGGCUGGUUUCCAAUAUGCUCGAGGCCUUCACCUUCAUGUGGAAGGAGUUCCGCUCGCCCGAACAGUGUAUAAAACUUCUUGAGAGCAGACUGCGCGAGAUGUGGCUGCGUAGCGAGACCCUCGCCGAGUACCUCUUGGCAGCCAACUUGGACGACGCGAGCGUCGGCAACCUGACCAGCUUUCUCGACGUGGACGCCGCGGAUUUGCCGCUUCUCUUGGCCGUUGCCACGACUCACUCGCCUCAAAUAACCCAGCGAUUUGGCCUCACGCUCGCUUAAAUCAUAGUUUUCCACUCUCGCUUCUCUCUAUAUGUCAGAGAUUUCCGCUCGAGGCACGUGCGCGAGACAAUACCUGUUCGGAUACGCCGAUGAUGAAUGUGCCGAGAAAGUUGCUCACUUUUUUACAAUUGUGAUUUUACUACAUUGUUGAACUGAAUUUUAAGCUGAAUUUUUUGUUACUAUAUACUAUUGUAUAUAUGGCGCAAGAGUUUAUCGCGCCGAAUUUUUUGGACGGAGUCGGGCAAACUCUGCUUUCGUACACUAAAACAUUUGUAAAUUCUACAACGCGUGAAACUUUUUUUAUGCAUCUCUCGAUGAGUGCGAACUAUUUAUAGCUUUGAUGAAAAGCAAAAAAUAACUAUAUUAUAUAUCUACUAUUGCGUAGAAAAAGUUAAGAGUGCCGUACUGUGCUUAUAUGCGAUACAUAGCAUUGUAUGUAUGCACGCGCGCGGGAGCUCGAGGGCUCGAAAUGGAUAUCAAUUAUUUAACCGACUGCCACACGCGAUCAUCGAACCUUGUUGCGCACAAACCGAUUGUACUGAUACGAGAGUUUACUUUUUUUAUUUAUAGUUGUUGGGCUUUAAAUAUUAAAUAUGAUACUAUUAUUCUAAUUAUACCGAUAUACCGUAAUUAUAACUAUCGUUGUAUAACUAUUCGUUAUUGAGGAAAUUAUGUUGAUGAUUACUUGUCGAUUGAAUGUGAUAAUGAUAUCUGUGAAAAAUUCACCACCUUUUUGAGUAAAUUAAAUAUGUUGUUGGUUUUUUACCAAGCGUGAUAAAAAAAAAUGAAUAAAGUGUAAAGGUGAUCAAA